AUGAAAAGGCAAAACCAAAGCUCUGUGGUUGAAUUCAUUCUCUUGGGAUUUUCUAAAUUUCCUGAACUCCAAGAGCAGCUCUUUGGAAUCUUCUUGGUUAUUUAUCUGGUGACCUUGAUAGGAAAUGCCACCAUCAUCGUUGUCAUCUCCCUGGACCAGAGCCUUCAUGUUCCCAUGUACCUGUUCCUCCAGAACUUAUCUGUGGUGGAAGUGAGUUUCAGUGGAGUUAUUAUGCCUGAAAUGCUGGUGGUCCUCUCCACAGAGAAAGCGACUAUUUCUUUUGCUGGCUGUUUUGCACAGAUGUAUUUCAUUCUUCUUUUUGGUGGGACAGAAUGUAUUCUCCUGGGGGCAACGGCUUAUGACCGAUACGCUGCUAUCUGCCAUCCUCUGAGCUACCCAAUGAUUAUGAACAAAAGGGUUUUUAUGAAGUUAGUUACAUUCUCAUGGGCUUUAGGUUUCUCAAUGACUACCCUACAAACCCCAUGGGUUUUUAGUUUUCCUUUUUGUGGCCCCAAUGAAAUUAAUCAUCUUUCUUGUGAAACCCCUCCAGUGCUAGAGCUUGUGUGUGCGGACACAUUUUUGUUUGAAAUCUAUGCAUUCACAGGCACUGUUUUAAUUAUUCUGGUUCCUUUCUUGCUGAUACUUUUGUCCUAUAUUCGAAUCCUCUUUGCCAUCCUGAAGAUGCCAUCAACCACUGGGAGGCAAAAGGCAUUUUCCACCUGUGCCUCUCAUCUCACAUCUGUGACCCUCUUCUAUGGCACAGCCAUUAUGACUUAUUUACAACCAAAAUCCAGCUACUCACCAGAAACCAAGAAAUUGAUGUCACUGUCUUAUUCAUUGCUUACCCCUUUGCUGAAUCCACUGAUCUACAGCUUGCGAAAUAGUGAGAUGAAAAGAGCUUUCAUGAAAUUAUGGAGAAGAAAAGUGGUUGCGCACACACUCUGACUGUGUUGAGAAGCCACGUGGUAUUUGGUUACUACCCAACCAUCCUCUAUUUAAGUUGAAUAAAUGCUGAAACAGAUUAUUUUUCUUGGUAUGAGUGUGUUUAAUUUGUUGAAUAUCCAUGUUCGAUACUACGUCAGGGGCAUAUUUAUAUAUUAAUGUUAUUAUUUUUCAUAGAUGCAUAAUGUUCCUUAGUAUUGGGUAUAACACAGUUUCUUCA